CUGUUUCCACCGGGCCAGGCUUGUCCGUUCCUCAACACUCUCUUCCUCCUUCGCCGCUCUACGCUACAGCCUACUCAGUAUUCCGACUUGCACGCUCACGACGCCGACGCCGUUACCCUCUUUACAAACGCCUAAUGUCCCGAUGAGUCCUGCUGCGCCCGACAGUCCUUCCGUCUCCGCCGGUCCCCGUCCGCUCCAGCUCGUCGACGGGAACGUGCAAUCUUCUACGCUUCCUUCGUGUCCUUCGCCUACCACCUCUGGGCUGUCUACUCCGCCGCCCAGCGCGCGCAAAUUUCACCCGCGCAGACAGUCGUCCAUUACAUAUUACCCUAGUGAUCACACUCCUUCAUGGGACCUGCGGUCACCAACCACCCCGUCAGGCUCGUUCCUCAAGCGUAGCUCUUCCUUCAACCAAGGGUCUUCCGACAAGCUUGCGCUCAAGCGGAAUAGGCGGAGCUUACCUGCGUCGGACGUCUUGGCGGGUGCACAAGCAGAGCGUCCAUUGACCCUCACCGAGAAACAUGCAGACCUCUUGCAGUUCAUUGCACAGAAGGAGUCCAAGUGCCUCGAAUUGCGCUCUCAGCUCGCCGUCCACGAAGCGGAACUCGCGCAGCUGAAGCGCAAAUGGGAACGCAUAGUCAGCCGGGGGAUGGAUCGCGCAUACUCCCAGCCUUCCCAGUCGGGCUCGGCCUCAAGCUCGCUACUCUCCGGGGCGAUGAAGGAGGGCGUACAGGGUGUCGGCCGACUGCUGGCGUCCGGCCUCAGCGAGCCUGCGCCCAAGGCUGAAUCUUCGAACCCAGUCCCUGCCCCGCGCCCGCCUACGCUCGCCCUCCGCACGAGCCGCAUACAAGGCCAUGUGAACACGCAGAGCAUAUCCUCCGUCGCGACGUCCGCCACGUCGCUCACCAGCUCGAGCGUGCGCCUUUCGCAGUCCUCCGCCUCCUCGCUCGCGUUCGACGAGGACGAGGAGCCCGACGCUCUAGUGAACCUGAAGCGCACCUCGAUCAGCGUCGACGGCGGCACGGGCAUCGAGAGCCCCGUUGAAAUCUCGCCCUCGAGCGCGAUCAAGGCCGCGAAGCUGCAUCGGCGCAAGAGCCGCGAGGCGCCGCCUCCGCCGCCGUACACGUCCGCCGCGCUGUCCCCGCAGGAGGACUACAAGAAGACGAUCAAGCGGUCGAGCCUACACAUCUCAUCUACGUCGGGCGUGCCUCCCGCCGCGUCCAUACCCGGUCUGGGCCCGCUCGCGUCGCCGCGUGCGUCCGCGUGGAUGGGCAGCGUGGGGACGAGCGUCGGGAAGAAGUGGGAGGAGCUGCAGAAGGGCGAGACGUUCUCGAAAGGCCAGAAGCGCGCCUCUCUCCUCAUCUCGGACGUGUCCAGCUCGAUCUUCGCUGCCCUCGCCUCCCCGUCCGCGACCUCGACCUCGCACCCCGUCCCCUCCUCCUUCUCGAUCACCUCAAACCCCUUCGCGGCGACGCUCUCCCCGCUCUCCACCUCCCCGCAGCCGUCCUCCCCGAGCGCACCGUCGCUGCUCGACGACGACGACGCGGGCGACGGCCUCGGCAGCGUGCUCGUCCCCGACACCAAGGGCCCCGUGCGCACCCCCGCGGGCGCCCCCGCCCCGGUGCCCGCGCCCGCGCCGAAGCAGAACCGGAGUCUGUUGGACGACGACGACGAGUGGAACUGGUAGCAUUUCAACUGCACCCUGCCGCGGGGCCAGGCGUUCCUGUAGCGCAUGCGGGCGUGCGGCGGCCUGUGUUGUGUACAUACAUAUGUGUACCCGCACGUCGCGCAGGGUGCAGGGGCGUGGGGACAGUGCGGCUCGUACUAUAGCUACGUAGUUUAGUCUGGAUAGGAGUACUUGUGGAUGUCUGUUUUCGUGUCUGCGGUACCGGUGGAAUACAUGCUAUCACUAAUGGCUGCCUUGCGUUCGUGGAUGGUAUCCGCAAGCAGCUUGCAAUAGUUGGAG